UAUGGUAGUCUGUAGUGUGCGUUCAGGUUGGUAGUGGGCACCCUCUUCCGGAUCAUGAACUUUACGACGCCAAAGUGCUUGGGACGAUAGACAAUCAGUCAACAUCCUCUAUCGAUAGCCUUGUAUCGCCUCAUUAGCGAGAAGCCUCAAUAAUACAUAUGAAGAUAUGGGUCUUUUGGCUUGAGCUCUCGCCUGGUUUAUCAAGCAUCUGCUCAUCGUCAGUGCAAUGGCAGAAACACCGCUCUAUUUCCCAUCAGCCGAACGUGAGCGUCUCGAGCCUCAUCUGCCCACCCCGAAGGCCGCAGAUCCUUCAUCUCCAUCGUGUGCCACGCUCCCCUUCGUAACACUCACCUUUGCCACAUCGUUAGACUCGGCGCUGUCGCUGGGUCCCGGCAUCCGCACCGCACUAAGCGGGCCUGAGUCUAAGGCUAUGACGCACUAUUUGCGUACCAGACACGAUGCCAUCUGCGUCGGCGUCGGAACCGCCAUCGCGGAUGACCCGGGCUUGAACUCCCGGCUGAAUGCUGCUACCCACCAGCCCCGGCCUAUCAUUGUCGAUCCGCGGCUGCGUUGGGAUUUCACUGCUCAAAGCAAGGUCAUGCGACUGGCGCGCGAGAGCAGGGGUCUUGCGCCAUACAUUGUGACGCUUGAGAAGGAGCUGCCCCUACACAAGAAGAAGAUAUUAGAAGAUGCAGGGGGUAAAUUUAUUAUAUUGACCGCAGGAUAUGACGGUGAAGGGAAAACAGAUGGCGCUCGCUUUGAUUGGCGUAGUAUUCUAUCAGCCGUGCGGCAGGAAGGUCUACAUAGUAUCAUGAUUGAGGGAGGCGGCGAGGUUAUCAACUCGUUGCUGAGUGAGGAUGCCGACUUAGUGGACAGUGUCAUCGUCACAAUAGCACCCAUUUGGCUUGGGCAGGGUGGUGUUGCCGUCAGUCCUCCGCGAGCCAAUGCUGAUAGGCCUGUGGCAAGAUUGUCUGAUACGAUGUGGAUGCCACUUGGCGCCGAUGUUGUAUUGUGUGGGAAAAUAGCACGGUGAUGAAGGUAGAAGGAUUCUUAGUUGGUCGAAGAUUGGGUGCUGGAAUCAUUAAUGAAUUCCUUUGAAUUUCUUUGAAUAAUUAUAUGCCAAUGUGCUAUUCCAAGCCCUAAGCAUGAUAUUCCAACUUAGGGAGACUGCAGGUAUAUCUCUGCCUAGUCUUAAAAUUUUAAUUGUCAUAUAAAGAACGCAUUGAGACAGAGAUCAUAAAAAGAAUCAUUCGUAUUUGUAUCCUGCCACCCGUAAGCCUACUGAGCUCAAAUAGCUGACAGCUAGUUAAUCAACCGAAAUGCCCAACGCCAGUCCAUAGGAACCUGAAAGAGUGAGAAUUCAGCCCAGUUUUGCAUUUUCCAUUUCCAAGAAACCUCAACCUAGCAUGCUUCAGCCAGGGCUAGACUGCACAUCUCAAUGCCUGAGAAUAGACGCUCCCACCCUGUUAAGGAAAUUAUUAAACCUGUAAGAUAAGAUGACCACCGUGAUUCCC